AUGACUCUCCUUUCAGCGAGGCGAGUAACAGGCCGAGUCUGGACCUCGGCCGACUGUUACAGCUUCGCUCUCCUUCGUCGAGCGCGAUGCUACAGUACCGAGUCUGUGCCGCCCGGCCAGUCGACAGUUAGGAAGCAGCCACAGUUUCGCGAUUACUUUGUCACCCACCUGCCGUCAUCCUCGCUUCACCCGGACCCCCGUGGUCCGUCCUCGUCAUUUCAUAAGCUACCUCGCUCCGCCUCUAUACCUCACACCGGAGAUACUCCACAAUCGCCAGCUGCCUUCCAAGCUUUAAUAAACCGUGAGACAACCGUCGUCCGGAUUCCACUCCGCAACGCGAAGCACCAUUUCGGUGCCGUCACUUCCCGCGGAACCCGCCCGUCGAAUGAAGACACGUACCAAGCCGGCGUCAUUGACAUCCCCGCUUUUGCGAAGCGACCUCCAACUUCGCUAACGAUUAGACGACCCAAUAAACAAGACCCUUUGGCCCAUCCCCGGGAGUCGCGCGGUGCGGAAACAGCUAGUGGAGACCCCCAAGUCUUCUAUUUCGGUGUCUUUGAUGGCCAUGGCGGAUCCGAGUGUAGUUCGUUCUUGAGGGACUACCUGCACGAGUAUAUCCAGAAUGUGGCAUUUGAUAUCGAACUACGGUCCAGCCUACGACCUGGUGCCGAAGUGCCACCUGCCACUAGCGAAUUACCUGUGAUGCAAGAGGGUGACCGACGCAGAAUCGGAGACCUAGAGAAAUACCUUGUGCAGACCUGGAGACGGGUAGUUGGUGGCUACUUCAAGAGAUUCAAGCCACCGCAUUUCGCCUACAAUGGCGCUGAGUCCACCGAUCCGAGUAUUGAAAACCACAUCUCCAUCGAGGAAGUCAUGGAGUAUGCCUUCUUGCGUGCGGAUCUAGACUUUGUCAACGCUCAAGCAGCGAAGCGCGACGAAGAUCUAGUCCGAGCCGAGAGACCUCUGAACGACGAUGAAAUCUUCUACAGGCCUAGCAUGACCCGAUCUCCCCAGAUCGGUGGAAGCGCCCGCUUCAAGGGCGGCAGCACGGGAAGUGUCGCUAUGAUCUCGACCCCGACGCCAACCCCCUUCUGGCACCCCAUCGCCCCAUCAAGCCUCCUGGUUGCCCACGUCGGCGAUACGCGCAUGCUCCUCUGCUCAACAGAAACCGGUGAAGCCAUCCCCAUCACAUCAAACCACCACCCCUCCUCCCCGAUCGAGGCAACCCGACUCCGACGGUAUGCUACAUCCUUUGUGACUGACUCCUUCGGCGAAGAACGCAUGAGCGGGCUAGCCAACACGCGCGCUUUCGGCGACGUCCAGUCCAAGCGCAUUGGAGUCUCUGCCGAGCCCGAACUUAAGCGUAUAGAGAUUGGCCCGGCCGAGUACUCCUUCUUAGUUAUGGUAUCCGACGGUAUCAGCGGGACACUGCUUGACCAGGAGGUCGUUGAUAUCGUUAAAGAAUCCAAGACCCCGGAACAGGGGGCGCGUGAUGUGGUCAAUUUCUCGACCGAGGUGACUAGGGAAGGUGACAAUGCUACUUGUCUUGUUAUUCGCCUUGGUGGUUGGGAACGUCGUCAAGAGGGCGGCGUUGGUAGUAUGGGUACUAAGGAGUCUCGCGAGUGGCGUCGACAGGAUGCCACUGAUCCGCGCAGGUCACGGACGUGA